AUGGAUUCUAUGAAUUCAAGAAGUGAACAGAAAAUUGAGGCAUCCGAGGUUCAGGAGAAGCAAGAAGAGAAGAGAUCACGCCAGAAGUGCGAAGUAUGUUUGGAUUUUUUCGGCGAAGAAGCUUUGGAAGACAACAAACCUGGACCAAUAACAGUAGAAUGCGAUUAUCUCACGGAGGUAUGCUUGCUUUGUUUGCAAGAAAGCAUGGGGUUCACUAUGAGUGAAGGAUCGCAUAUCCUCACUUGUCCAAUCUGCUCACAGGAGUUAGAGCAGUGGUUCAUAGAAAUAUAUUGUACGAAGACGAUGUUUACAACAUAUUGCGACCUUGCAUUGCAAAGUCAUCUACGAUCAGAUCCGAAUUUCUUUUGGUGUUUAGCCCCAAAUUGUGGAUCUGGUCAAAUUCGCGAGGGGGAUGAUCCGGAAAUGAUCUGUGGGAGCUGCAAAGCCUUGACUUGUGUGCAUCACCAAACUCCAUGGCACAAUGGUCUAACCUGCAAGCAAUUCGACCUCACCUCUGAAAAAGGAUGA